AUGAAGUAUCUUCGCCUGGCCUCCGUGGCCGCUCUUGUCAGCGCUGCUACUGUGUCCGCUGGCCCAUUGGGCAUCCGUGAAGAUAACGGAUACUGCCCCAAGGGCUACACUAUGAGCGUCUACUACAAGACCAUCUAUCCAUCAACGACUUCUGUUCAGUCUACAGUUUCCUCAUCGUCCACUACGGCUGCUGUCGUGUCUACCACCACUCAGUCCACAGUGUCCGCAUCGACUACUUCCACUGCAGAGACAAAGGUUGAUACGACUGCCCCGGCCGUGGUUCUCCCGACUACUUCCCUUGAGACUCUCCCAGUCCAGCCGACUACUGUCGUGAAGGCCCCUGCCGAGCAGACCACCACUAAAACCGCCGUCGAAGCUCCCACGACCAAAGCCGCCGUGCAAGCUCCCAAGGAAACCGUCGAAGCUCCCACCACCACCAAGUCUGCUACUUCCCCCGCUUCCACCAAGUCCCCAUCCACCGCUCCCUCCAACGGAACCCCCGGAAAAGCCACCUUCUACGGCGGCAACGUCGGCGGCGGAACAUGCUCAUUCUCCGGCUACACCCUCCCAAGCCACCUCUUCGGCGCCGCCCUCUCUCUCCAGCGCUGGGACGACGCUGCCAACUGCGGCGCCUGUGUCUCCGUCACCGGACCCAAGGGUAACUCCAUCAAAGCAAUGAUCGUCGAUCAAUGCCCCGAAUGCGAAAGCAACCACCUCGACCUCUUCCAGAACGCCUUCGCCGAGCUCUCUGACAUCUCAGCCGGUAUCAUCCAGACCACCUGGUCCUACGUCUCUUGCGAUCUGGACGGACCACUCAAGCUCAAGAACAAGGAGGGUACAUCCGCGUACUGGUUCUCGAUGCAGGUUGUUAAUGCCAACGAGGCUGUGGCUUCGUUGGAGGUUAGCACUGAUGGCGGUAGUACUUGGCACGGAACUACCCGUCAGUACUACAACUUCUUUGAGAACUCUGCUGGAUUCGGUACUAGCACUGUUGAUGUGCGGAUUACCGGUGCCAGUGGUAAGAGUGUUGUUGUUAAGAAUGUCGGGGUUUCGUCUGGUAAUGAGGUUACUGCUACGACGAACUUGUAA